AUGUCAGAUUUUGAUAUAAUGACCCAUUUGGUUGUUAACAAUUUUGUAGAAAAUGUGGUUAGUGUAAACGAGAAUAAUGAUGGUGUUAGAAAUGAUUUUCACAGACCUUUGACGGACCCAUUUACACUGACUGAACAAAUGUUCAUAAAAAAUUUUCGUUUAACCAAACAUCUUACACGUUAUGUGAUUGAUUUAUUAAGACCAUUUCUUAAAAAGCCAAGCCGUUCAUCAUCAAUUGAUAUUGACACAAAGGUGCUAGUUGCCUUAAACUUUUUUGCAACAGGCUCAUACCAAACACCGGUUGGCAACAGUAGAUAUACUGUACUGUCACAAGCGUCAGUUUCCUGUUGCAUUAAAGAGGUCGUAACAUCACUAAAUAAUCCCUCUAUUUUCAAUUCAUGGGUCAAAUUCCCGCAUACUAUUUGUGAGCUCAAUGCAGUUCGUCAUGAGUUUUAUCUUAAAACUGGAUUCCCAGGCGUGAUUGGAUGUUUGGAUUGUACCCAUGUUGCUAUAGUGCCCCCUUCAAAAAACCUUAACCUUGAAGAAAACAGGUACCCUGAGUACAUGUAUGUGAAUCGGAAAAAUUAUCACUCGAUAAAUGUUCAGCUAAUAUGUGACUCAAAUCUAAAAAUUUUAAAUGUUAAUGCGUUAUUCCCUGGUAGUACACAUGAUGCACAUGUUUGGAAUAACAGUAAUGUUACAAACACUCUUCAGGAAUUACAUUCCAGAAACUAUAAUAACUUCUUUUUAUUAGGAGAUUCUGGUUAUCCGCUACGGCCUUGGUUACUCACACCAAUAACACACCCCACCACUGCAGCUGAGGAACUUUAUAACAAUAAACAAAUGUCAACAAGGAGCAUUAUAGAACGAUGCAAUGGUGUACUCAAAAUGCGUUUUAGGUGUCUCUUCAAGGAUAGGGUAUUGCAUUAUAAACCGGAAAAAUCUUCACAGAUUAUAAAUGCAUGUGUUGUAUUACACAAUAUGUGCAUUGAACACAAUGUACCUGAGAUUAGAGAGACUGAAGGAGACAUUGAUACGGAAAUGAACCAGGACCAAGAACCAUUUGAGGAGCAACGUGACAACCGGAACCAAUAUUUAAUGCUUGGGAAACAGCAACGAAGCAAAAUAAUACAAGUACUUCAAAAUAGAAAUUUAUAA